AUGUAAAAGAAGAGGGAGAAGUUUAGGAUUGAAACUCGAAGAAACGAUCUUGAAAGAUGCUUUAAAUAAAAAAGAGAAAUCUUAGAUUAGGGUGCAAUAAUUACUAUAGGAGAAUACUGCUAUAAUUCUGAUAAUUUAUUGGGGAAAGGUUCUUAUUGUUAGGUAUAUGCGGGAUGGAAAGUAAGAAUCUUUAGUUAAUGAUUUAGUGUUAGAAUAGGAACAAGAAGGUGGCAAUAAGAGUGAUGAUUGGGAACGAGAGAGUCAGCUCGGAAAUAGAAUUGUAGAAAAGUUUAAAAUCAAAGAAUAUUGCUAAGAUUUAUGAUGAUGUAAAGAUUGAUGAUAAGCAUUACAUAAUAAUGGAAUUAUGCGAUGGUAAUAAGUAUGUAUAAAAUGAGAGUCUCUAAGCAAGCGGUAUCAAGAGUUUAGUAGAAAUGAGGCCAUUUAAUAUUUUUAGCAAAUUCUUAAUGGUCUGGAAGAAUUGCAGAAACACAAAAUCAUCCACAGGGAUUUGAAAUUAGACAACAUCCUGUUGAAAAAGAGAUAGGUAAUGAUCAUGCAAAUGUUGAUUAGAUAAAGAUCAUUGAUUUUGGAUUUGCCAAGAGCAUUUCAGACAAUGGACUGGGAACUGAAUCGGUCAAGUGUGGAACUCCUGAGACAAUGGCACCAGAAGUCCACAAAAGCAAUAAGCGAACCAUCUACAGUGACAAGUAGGAUGUAUGGGCUUUGGGAAUUAUUUUGCACUAAUUAUUUUAUAAAAUCCAUCCAUUUGAAUCAUUGGAGUGUCUUUUGUAAGUGUAUUCAAUAUCAGCAAAGGGAGAAUAAGAGGAGAGACACUCGAGAAGAGGAGGAUGAAGUAGUUAAUGAUUUCAUCAACAAGUGUUUGACUGAGGAAGACAAAAGAAUGACAAUAAAAGAAGCCCUGCAACAUCGGAUUCGUAAAUAUCAAAUUGCCAUUGACUCUGAUGACUAGAAAACACUUUUUGGCUAGAUAAAGGAUUGUGUUUAGAGCAAAUUGGAAAGUCUGACUCACUACUGGUAUGAAACAGUAAGGGGUUACUUAAUUAAAUGAAUGAAAACAUAUAUAUAUA